AACCAAACCACCAUCUCAGACUUCCUGCUCUUGGGUUUCCCUCAGCACCCACGGCAGCAGCCUCUCCUGUUCGGGCUCUUCCUGGGUAUGUACCUGGUCACCAUGCUGGGAAAUCUGCUCAUCAUUCUGGCCGUCAUCUUUGACUUGCACCUCCACACCCCCAUGUACUUCUUCCUGGCCAACCUCUCCUUCACCAAGACUUGCUUCACCUGCACUGUUGCACCCAAGGUGCUGGUGAACAUCCAGACGCAGCACCACACCAUCUCCUACACUGAGUGCCUCAUGCAGAUGUACUUCUUCAUGGCAUUGACCCUGCUGGAUGACUUCCUGCUGGCUGUGAUGGCAUAUGACCGCUAUGUGGCCAUCUGCCUUCCUCUCCACUACACCAUGGCCAUGCAACCCCAAUGUUGCCUGCAGCUCCUGUCUGCAUCCUGGCUCUGCUCCUACCUCCUGGCCUUCUCACUAGCUCUCCUGAUGGCUCAAUUCUCCUUAUGUGCCUCCCAUUCCAUCCCACACUUUUUCUGUGAUGUACCCCCACUUCACAAGCUUGCCUGUUCAGACACCCAUAUCUUUCAGAUCACCAUGCUAACAGAAGCACUUCUCUCAGGCAUGAUUCCUCUCACCUGUGUCCUGGUAUCUUAUGCCCACAUCAUCCACAUCAUCCUCAGGGUCCCCUCUGCUGAGGGGAAAUGCAAAGUCUUCUCUACCUGCGGCUCUCACCUGACAGUGGUCACUCUCUUCUAUGGGACCCUCUUUCUGGUGUAUUUCCAGCCCUCAUCCUCCUACUCAGCAGGGACUGGAAUUGUGGCAUCUGUGAUAUACACAAUGGUCAUCCCCAUGCUGAAUCCCUUUAUCUACAGCCUGUGGAAGAGGGACAUGAAGGGAGCUUUGUGGAGACUCCUUGACUGCAGAAAAUGUUCUACUCCAUAA